AUGUCAAUAGAAGAAAUCGUUUAUUUAGACGAGUAUUUAUGCCCAAUUACUCAUGAGCUUAUGACAAACCCAGUUGUAGCUGCUGAUGGAAUUACUUAUGAAAAAUCAGCAAUAACUUUAUGACUUAAAAAAGGACAUCAUAGAAGUCCAGUCACAAAUGAAAGGCUUCUUCACAACUCAUUAACCUCAACUAAUAAAAGUUUUGGCACAGAAUUGGAAGCUCAUCCGAGCAAGAGCUGCCUUUUAUUAAGUUAAUUUAUUCCAGGGAAGAUUAUACCAAGCCGACGCAAAGUUUUUCAUCAAAUCAAGCUCUGCCAUCAAGUCAGCAGACCUUUUCCUGGGCUAGGAUGGCUGAAGAUGGACCAGCAUCAAGGUGCGGUACGAAAACUUGACAGUGCAGGCUUCCCGAGUCUCUGCAUCAUUCAAAGUUGGCAGAGAGGCAUCGUUUGAGUCAGAUAGAAACAAGUCUGCAGCUCAUCAGACUCCAAGGGAGGAGAUGCAAGCUAAUUGGGCGUAAUCGCAUUAAAGACUGAUAUUCUUACGAAGACGAAAGGUGAGAAAUGUGAAGAUAAGCCAUCUUGCCAUCGCUAGUGGUGGAUCAUAACGGUAUUAAGGCCUAGUGCAUUUAGCUUUGCCUCUGCAAUAAAAUAUCUAAAUAUAAAUAAAUUAAUUCAUUCAUUAAUCCCCAACUUAGCCCUCAAAAAGUUGAUAGACAAAUUCCGAAGCGAAUUGCCGCUCAUCCAAAGAGAAAAUCAAGUAAAAGUCAAUAUCGAAGAAGCAGUCAAAUUCAAAGAAGAAGUUUUAAAACAAGCUAUUGGAAUGAAUAAUCAACAAAUUCGUCGCAUUGAAGACGAAUUAAAUGAAGAAAAAGCCAAAGUGGAAAGACUAACUAAUGAAAUCGAAGAGCUUAAACAAACAAUUUCAGAAAAUCCAAAUAGAAGCAAAAAAUCACAAAAUCAGAAAACAAUAGAAUCAUCUAAAAAAGAUCAAUAUCCAAACAAACGAUCAAAAAAAAGCGAACAAAACCAUUAGAAAAAUCACCAUUUUUUGACCAAAAACCCACACCUCCGUGAGCGAACAAAGAUUUUUUUUAAUAGAAAAAAAUUUAAUGGAAAAAAAUUUGAUAUAUAAGUGAUAAUUAGUAUAAUGAAAUCUAGAGCUAAUUCUGUUUAAUUUUAAACAAAUUGCGUUUUAAAACAUAAAUUUUGCAAAUUAAAUUAGUAUUUGCUUCCCAAUUUUUGCAAAUUAGGAUUGUUUUAAAUUUCGAAAAAAAUAUAUUUUUUAUAAAAUUUAUAUAUAAAUUUUUUUUUAAAAAAAAAAAUUAACCCCCCUCCGUGAGUGAACAAAAUUUUUUUGUUCGCUCACGGAGGGGGGGGGGGGAGUUAGACAAAGCAAAUUCUCAAUCAAAGCCACGCAAAAAAGCCAAAAGAUCAGUAAGCCAAUCGAUCAAUUUUAGAACUCUAGCAGGCCAGUUAUUUACAAUCCAAGCUGAGGAAAAUGAUAAUAUUGCCCAAGUAAAAAACAAAAUUUUUGAACAAGAAGGAUUCCUACAAGCUCAACAAGUGCUAGUUUUUGAUGGAAAGCAAUUAGCUGAUGAGGAAAUAGUGUCGGAUAUAAAUUUAAAGGAUGAUAGCAUAAUAUAUUUUGCCUUGAAUCCUUAUAAUGGCUCUAUCAAAAAUCAAGGAUCUGAAAAUUUUGUUAUUUAUGUUAAAACCUUAUCAGGGGCUACGUUUGAAAUAACCGCUAAUCCAAAUGAUACUGUGGAAAUUUUGAAAGCAAAAAUCCAAGAGAUUGAAGGGAUUAGUCCAUGUCUCCAAAGGCUGAUGUUUCAAGGCAAGCAACUGGUAGAUGGACCUAUUUUAGCCGAUUUUGGCUUGAGCAAUGAAAGCACAAUUUUUCUCAUUUUGAGAUUGGCCGGGUGCUAG